AUGUUUAUUUCCGAAGAAAUGAGCGAUAAAGACUAUGGCGUGGAUAUACUAGACUGGGAAGACUCACGCCCAAAAGAGUUUUCAUUUGUCAAGCACAUGAUAGCAGGAUCCUGAGCCGGUGUAAUGGAGCACUGAGGCAUGUUCCCAUUUGAUACAAUCAAAACUCAUAUUCAAGCAUCCACUCAAAAGAUGGGGAUAUUCAGAACUACAGCAGAAUUAUAUAAGGAAAAUGGGAUUCUUAGGCUCUAUAAAGGGGUAAAUGUCAUUGCUUCAGGCUGAAUCCCAGCCCAUGCAUGUUAUUUUGCUACAUAUGAGAUCGCAAAAGAAAAAUUUGGCAUUGAUGAUGGCAAUACUCAUUUUCUUGUUUCCGGAAUUAUUGGUGCCUUAGCUACGAUAUCCCAUGAUGCUUUCCUCACUCCCUCGGACUGAGUCAAGCAGAGAAUGCAACUGACUGGUCAGAGUACUUGGGAUUGAUGAAAGAAAACAAUUAGACAGGAAGGAACCAAGGCAUUGUUUCGAAGCUACCCUGUAACAUUAUUGAUGAACGUACCUUUUGCAUUCACUAUUGUAUCUGCUAAUGAGAAUAUCAAAGUUUUUGCAAAGCCAAAGGAGCACAAGCACCCAAUAUUCAUUUAUUUUGGCUGAGCCUUCGCUGCCGGAAUGAUGGCGUCCUUCCUCACAAACCCGAUGGACGUCAUAAAAACCAGGCUGCAGACUCAGCACCACAGUUCGUCUCUGGGCAAACUUGACAAAGAAGCGAUGAAGCUGGAAGCCGAGAAGCUUGGAGGCAGGCUUGAAGUGGAAGGGUCUGAGGUCCUUAGAGACGCCAAGUAUCGGGAUAUAAGGCAUGCAAUUAAGCAGAUUUAUAGGACUGAAGGAAUUUUUGGAUUCUACAAAGGUGUCUUGCCGAGAGUACUUUUUGUUUCCCCAGGAGUUGCAAUAUCUUGGGGAACCUAUGAGAUAUUCAAAUCAUUAUUAAUAAGAGAUUCGUCUUAG